GUCAUCUGUCAAGUUGACGCGGAUAUAAUUUAUAAAUACCUAAUAAUAUUCAGAUGAUAUAAUGACUGUGUUUUCUGUUUUAUAGUUUAAACUUUAAAGUCUCAAUGCAAUCUUCAAUUCUAAUGGAAUAACAAUUAUUGAAGAGUAUUUUAGACUGAACUGGUAUUAUCGAAAAGUAUGAACACCGAAGAUCUAGACUUAAGUGACGAGGAGGACGAGAUCACAGCCGAAACAGUUUUGAAAAGACUCCAAAGCGCUUGGCAAAACGAGCGUUUAUCUCCGGAAAUACUUCCGCACCGCAACGACAUGGUCGAAUGCAUGCUGGGACAGAUCCAGCACAUGGAACGAAAUAUCAAUAAGCUUCCCAAAACAGACCUUCGUGUGUGGAUCCAUAAAAUGGAACUUAAUAGAAUUAAAUAUAUUAUUUGCAAUUAUCUUAAGACAAGACUAAAUAAAAUAGAAAAAUAUUGUAUUUCAAUUGUCAACGAUGAGAAACAACGUAUAGAAUCUGGCACAAACUACUUAACACCAUCAGAAUUGAUGUAUGCUCAAGAAUAUUUAGUGAAUAUGGAGAAUCAUUUGAAGGAUACAGUAUUGAAUCUUGUCCCUAGUAAUGUGCGAACGUUUGAACUGAAUAAAAUGGCUAUUUAUCCUAAUAUGCAAUCUCACAUCUUCCUAAAAGCAAAUGACACAAUACAUGGAAUUAUUUUAGAAGACUUGAUAGGUGAUCAGGAUGAAGAAAUAGAUUUAGAGGAGGGCUCGCAACACAUACUGCAGUACAAACCAAUUGCAGACUUGGUCAAAAAUGGUAAAGUUCAGCUAGUAUGAUAUAUUCAGCUACAAAUGCUCAUUUUAAUAAUACACAACCUUUUGCAAAACAUUUAUUGUCCUGAUAUAUAUCAAAAACAUUUAAUAAACAUUUAAAAUUGAGUAUACAUUCAUAUGGAUACAUUGUGGAGUACCUACUUAGGAAUUAAUAAUAUUACUAUUGAACUUGCUGUCUUUGUAAUAUUUUAUAAUAAAUUCUAAAUGCACCUUCAAGUGUAAGAUACUAAGUAGUUAAUACAAAUAAAAAUAUUUAUACAUAAUAUUCGUUUUUAUUGAGUAUACAAUAUGCAUGUUAUUAUAUUAUAGUACUUGCACCAAUUUUGUGACAGUAAAAAUAUAGCAUGCAGCAUGCUUAUGAAUGAACACA